AGGAUAAAGGACCUUUGCUUCCAGGCUUCUAAAGUGGAUGUGAACUCUGGACUAUAUUGGCCUUGUGUCAUCAUCAAAACAGCCAGUGCAUUCUGGGUCAUUUGUACCUGCUACAAAACAAUAUGUGGACACUACCCAUUGUGGCACGAUUGGCAUUGUAGGAUUUCAGCAGUGGCUCUAAAGUGCUACCCCGCCUUCUCGCUUAGAAUUUUACCCCAAGCUGAUUUUUAUGCAAGCAUAACCAUGAGACCAUGUCCAGAGGGCUGAUAGACACUGAACACACAAAACCUUACAACUUUAUGUUUUUUAACAAGAGGAUUUUUUUUGUAAGAAUGCCUGGAACGGGUCUGUGGAUGGCCUCGCUGAAAAGAUUCAUGAACACCAGAGCUGCAGCUAACUGCCGGUACCAACCCACGUGCUAUGAGCAUGCAGCAAACUGCUACACACAUGCACUGGUGAUCGUGCCGGCGUUUGUGGGCGUGGCUCUGCUGCACCGUCUUUCUGAUAACCGUUGGGAGAGGAUCACGGCAUGGGUGUACGGCCUCGGCCUCUGCGCGCUCUUCCUCAUCUCCACCAUCUUCCACAUCGUCACCUGGAAGAAGAGCCACAUGAGGACAGUAGAGCACUGCUUUCACAUGUGUGACCGCGUGGUCAUCUACGUCUUCAUCGCCGCCUCAUACACACCGUGGUUAAACCUGAGGGAGCUGGGUCCUUUGGCGUCUCACAUGCGCUGGUUCGUGUGGUUGAUGGCGGCUGCAGGAACCAUCUACGUCUUCAACUACCAUGAGAAGUAUAAAUUGGUGGAGCUGGCCUUCUAUCUGACCAUGGGGUUCUCCCCUGCACUGGUGGUGACCUCUAUGACGAACACAGAUGGUGUGUAUGAGCUGGCGUUCGGUGGUCUGAUCUACUGCCUGGGCGUGGUCUUCUUCAAAUCGGACGGCGUCAUCCCGUUCGCUCACGCCAUCUGGCACAUUUUCGUGACUCUCGCCGCCGCCGUGCACUACUACGCCAUCUGGAAAUACCUCUACCGCAGCACGUCUGGUGACGAAGUCAGGGCCAUGCCUGACCUUUGACCUCUCUCUCUCUCUCUCUCUCACUCACACACACACACACACACAUAUGCAUGCACACAACUUACCUGACACAUCUUCAUCCAAACCAUCUUGAUCAAGAGGUGCUGAACAGUUACUGGAGUUUACCAACGCGACCUCCGAUUGUUUACUAGCCGCCUGGAGAACAGUGUGUGUGUUGGUGUGUGUGUGUGUUGGUAUGUGGACGUUUAAAACUGUUUUAUUUCCACUUUUGUCAGUAUUUUUGCACAGGCGGUAGACCAGACAGCAUUUUGACUCUGCUUUUUGGUUCAGUCAGAAGUAAAGGAAACAGUACACACUUCUCCUCAGACAUAGUCCAUUAGCUGUGACACUUUUCUCACGUUUCAUCUUCAGUUUUUUACCACAAAGCUACGAGGCUAACUAUUAACGAACGUCACCCGCUGUGUGUUCAAGCGACCAUGAGAUGAAUACAGCGUUCCAAUUAAAAACCACGACGCUAGACACGUGGCUCAUUUUACCUGUUAGCUACAUCUCUUCAGAUACGAUCGAGAAUGAUGUAUGUUUUGGUCGAUCCAGUGAUCUAAAUAUAAGUUCUGUAUCGUCUGCGAUCUGAGCAUUUAAAUUAUUAUUUUUAAAAUGUAUACGAAAGUUCCCGAGGAAUUCCACGCACUCACAUUGCGCCUUUUACAAAUGUAGCUGUUUCCCGUCAUUCAGAGUGCGAAAAACGCAGAGGCCAUGCGUAUUGUUUUUCCCGUUACACCGCUAACGUAAAGGCGUCUAAAAAUUCUGAAAUUCCCAGCCGAAUGGUCGUACGAUACGAAGGAUUACUGUGAGGGAUACGAGAUUAAUAAACCUCAACGAAGUGUAGAUCACUUAAGCUACAUUUCUUAGCAGUUUUUUUUAAGCCGGUGAUUAGUGACACUUGUUUCAUCGGAUGUCGCUUUUUUUCUAGCGCCGCUAAAUAAAACGGUAUAUUUCUUUAAAUAUACAUUGUGUUUUUUUGUUUUUUUUUCUUUUUAUAAAUUGAUCACUGGAUCACUUCAUGACGUCCCUCACCGCUAACAAGACCAACCUGUUCAUCGGGCAUUUUUUAUUUAUUCCUUUUUUUCCCUGAUCAACCGUUAGUUAACGGUCUCAGAAAGUGACCUUGGUGUCACAAUGUAACUUCGACAUGAUGAACUAUCAACAUCAAUGCCUAGCUACUAGCUUCAGCUCACCGCUUUCAACGUAGAUGUUUUAAUCACCUUCUACUCUUUGGUAACGCGAGGUAACUGACUGCUAACUCCACUGCUGAGCUUCAUAAUGCGUCAAAGCUGAUGUUAGUCGAAUUAGCCAGAUUUUUUUUUUCCUCUCUGAGCUGCCCAUGUUACCUUGCCCUUGUCACAAGGGGAAAAGAAAAAAGUCCAGAGAAAUAAUAUGGAUAAUGCAUGGUCUCUUUGAAUUCCUGUACAACUUGACUCAUGGCGACGUGUGUGGUUUGUUUGUAUAUAUUUCAGAUGUAAUAUUUUAAGCAGUAUUUAAAAAGCGUUAACUUUUUUCCAGAAAAAAAAAGCAUGAGCAUGUUUGUUUUUCUUUUCGUUUGUUUGUUUUAGUUUUAUUGAAACUAUGAAAAUCCACUUUAUGUUGAUAUUCCAUUUGUGUUUUCAUUUUCCAUCUUAUCACUCUGUUCCUUCGCUUUAUUUUCUCAGGUUGUUGAUACCUAGCUUAAGUCAGUUUUAUGAUCUUGUUGUAUAAAAAAAAAAUGAAAAUAUGGCCGACAAAACUGGUGCUCCAGGUCUUGCCGUUUUGUAUUGUAAUGUAAUAUUGGCGCAAAGCCACAAGCUAGUCCAACAGAGAACCUGGAGAUAAUCAAGAAAACUAAUCAGUGAAACUUAUAGGUGUAUAAACACCUGCGAAACCCAAAAUCAUGCAUAACAGUAGGUUUUAGUCUCUUUACGUUGAUGCCAGCAGGCCAGAGCCUGACAAAGUGAGGUUUCGACGGUUCCUCAAACGCUCCUUACAAAGCAUGUGAUCUGAUGUUUCUUCAGUUCCUCACUCUUGACUAUACUUAGGUCCUGUUUACAGCUGGGUGUCCAGAACGGCAAAAAAAAAACCUAUGAAUCAUGGUAUCAUCUUAGACCUGACAUUAAAUGUGUUUGGAGAUGAUGCAAAUCAAAAUAAAGCUCCAUUAGUACAGAUCUACAUAGCUAGCUUCUCAUCUGGUGAGAUAAAUCGAUAUGAUGGACAGGCCACACCCUCAAGCAACAACAGUAAGAAGUGAGACAUGGCAAGUACACGAACGCAACUGCGAACACUCCCAGCAUCUCUGGGAAAUGUACUCAAUGUGCGCUGUUGCGUACCUGUGGAAAUGAUUAAGCUCAGUUCACACGGUGGUGAUGUGAGCUGCUAAACGCUUAGACUUUCCAAAGUUAUCUAAAGAAAAACAGGUCAGCUUUCUUGUGGUGUUUCAUAUUAUAGGGGUCCUAGUGGCAACCAGUCUCACAUAGCUCAAAAUGUCUGCGUUCAUGCACUUAUGCGCAUUGUAAUAAGUGUAACGCGCACAGCAUGAAUAACGAUCUUGCAAGCGACACCAAUGGCUCAACGAGUUCACGCCUCUGAUAAUGACGUUCUCCAAAGGUACUGUAGGCAUGAAGAACACAGAACAAUUAAAGUGAAGGAACAGUCUGCUAUAAACAAAACCAAAUUCAGGUCAGCAAGAUCUGGUCCUCAAUUCCUAACAUCCUCUCUUCAGUGUGGAAUGCUUCAUGGGAAAUGGAGAACCUUAGGACAAGCUGCUUUUGUGUUUCUGUUUUUGUGCCAGUAUUUUCAUUCCAAAGAUGUUCUCUGUAUUAUUUUCCUGUCUGCAUAUAUAUAUAUA